UAGCAUUAAGGGAAAGUUCGGAAAGAGCACAAGAAAACAAAAAUAUGAGAUGACAAUGUUCCAUGAAAGUUCAAAGGUUACAGAGAGGCAGCCGCGCGAGUUGACUCACCAACCAAUCUCUUUAAUCAUUAUUGGUAGAUUCUUUCUCCAAUCUCACAUGAAACCUCACUUCUCUAUUCUUUUCCUUUUCGCAUCUUCGUCAACCAAUCCUCAGCCAUGCCCCGUCGAUCAAACGACGGAGAUCCUGGCCGUUUUACCUCCACCGCGCUCCUUUUCAUCGGUCUGAUAUCGUGUCUCAUCGUCUACGCUGUCUUCUCUACUCUUCUCCGUCCCCAAGGUCACACACACGAUUCCGCCGUCGUCCGAUCGCGAGAUCACGGGGAUGUAGAUGGCGGCGGAGGGUGUUGCCAUGGAGUAGAUAAUCUGGAGCUGUGGGGUCCGGCGGUGAAGUGGGGGACGGAUUUCAAGUUUAAUUCGUCUGAUGAAUGUUGCAAGGCGUGUAAAGUUAUGUGUAGCGGCGACGAUGGACCUUGCUUGUGUGAUUCUUGGGUCUUCUGUGGGGACAAAGAGGCUUGCGGGUCCAAGUUUGGAGAGUGUUGGUUGAAGAAGCAAAAAGAUGUAUUGGUGCCUGAUCGACAGGAAGGUGGGCUGAAAGUGAUGUGGACUUCUGGGCUGAUCUUCGGACAAGGCCAGGGCAUUGUUGGCUUUGAGACAGAACACGGUGUACUUCAUGUCAAACUUCACCCUGAGUGCGCUCCUCAUUCAGUAUACUACAUUCUUAGUUUGUUAACUCUGCGACACUGCGCAGGCUGCCAGUUUCAUCGGGCUGAGAACCGAGGAUCAUAUUGGGACUCAGAAGGGAAUCAUAUAAACAAUGCUCCCUAUGGUCCACCAUACGGUAUGGUUCAAGGAAUACUCCAGCCCGAGGGAAACAUGUUCACGCCGAUCCCAACCGAGCAUUGCCCAACCAUAAGCCGUGGCUCUGUUGUGUGGGUCGGCUCGGGUCCUGAAUUCUUCAUCAGUCUAGCAAACCACCACGAAUGGAAGCAAUCUUACACUGUGUUCGGCUCUGUUCUGCCUGAAGAUAUGGAGGUUGCUGAGAGGAUUGCCGAUUUACCAACAAGAAUCGAUGUCUGGAACAGCGUUAAUGUCUCUGUGCUCGAGAAACCGGUCUCGUUAACCGUACGAAGAAUGAAAUCUGACCAAGAACAAGAAGAAUCCGGUUCGUGAAAACCGAACAAUCCGUUUCUCAUUUGAUUUGAAGUUUAUAAUCUUCCUUUUUUAUUGUGCAUAAAAUAGAGACAUUUAAAAGUUUAUAUAAUCUGGC